AGUGAUGCCAAGCAGUACAACUUGUCAUGCCCAGAACAUCUGAGAAGCAAGCCUCAGAAUUUUCAGUGAAAUUAUGUGCAUGAGAAAGCAGUCAUCAAAAUAAGCCUGGGUUUCAGAAAUGCUGUCUAAGGAUUUUGCGUCCUUUGUCUUCUAAGUGGAUUUAGAGCACUUUUGCUCCGCCUAGGAAUAACUGCUGUGGGGCCAAGAUUGAGCUACUGUCUCAACUUUCUGGAACUGAAUUUUCUUUUCUCAACUGCCUGGCACUGAUUUGGAGUCCAUAGAGACUCUCCCUUUAACCUUCCUUUGCUGGUGCAAGAUCAGGACAAACUACCAAGUGUGUCUCUGAAAUGUUGGAGGAAAAACUGGAGCUAGUGCCAGAUCAAACAACUUGAGAAGAACAAAUGGAGAACUUGUCAAAAGAAACCCACAACAACCUGGGACAGAAAAGAGAAGACUUCUGUGCAGAAUUUCAGUUUCAUCCAAACUCCUCCAAAAAAGCAGAUUUUUUCAUCCAAGCAGAAGGUGAAGCGCUGAAACUUUCAGAUUUGUUAGUAACCAGUCAAGGAAGAUUUCCAAAUAUGUGUGCUCAGUUCAGUUCCAGUCCUGGAGAAUCAAGUAGUGCCUUAGAAAGAAGGGGGAAAAUAGUCCCUGAAUUUAUAUCCUCAUGGGAAGAUGCCACAGGUUUUGGUGGAAAGACAGAAACUUCAUUCCUCUUAAAAGAAUUGGAUGCUUUAAGGGUCAAAAAUAAAAAGCUUCAAGAUGAGGUGUUGGAAAAGGACAAGGAGUUGAAGACAAUAAAACUGGACUUAGAACUGCAAGAGAGAGCUACAGAAGCUAAGAUUGCAGAAAAGAUUGCAGGUACGGUAGCUCUGGUGGAAGAAGUUUAUUCUGCUCAACGGGAACGUGACAAGGCUGUCAUGGCAAGGCUUAGGUUAGCCAACGAAGAGAGAGAUGAAGCAUUUCUACGAGUCCGGCGUUUAGAAGAAUCACUCAAAGAGCUAGAAAAUAUUAACCCUGAAGAAAAUGACAUGACAUUACAGGAAUUACUGAACAGAAUAAACAAUGCAGACACAGGGAUAGAUAUACUCAAGAAUGGAGCUAUAAUUCUGAAUCGAAUACACAGGACCAAAGAACGAAAAAAGAAAAUAAUAGCUGAGGAAAUGAACACAGUGAUAGAACAACGGGAUGCUGCUUUGUCUCAAUGCAAACGGUUAGAGCAGGAGCUUCAUCAUCUGAAAGAGCAGAACCAGACUUCAGCAAACAACACGAGACAUCUGACUGCUGAAAACAAUCAAGAACGUGCUCUGAAGCGCCAUGUUGGGGCUGGCUGCCUUCCUGACCUACCAGCCGCGCACUGCAGUCUCCACCAUGGCUGUGAGUCACAGGCUGCUCAGCUCCAUGCCAGCAAACAAAGGCAGGGGAACAUCCGGGACGAUGCACAGGCAGAACUGAUAGCCCUGCAACAAGAAAAAGAAGCCACUCUUCAGCAGUGCAGAAAGUUAGAAGAAGAAAUCCAGAGAUUGCGUGUACAUUACAGUUUACACAAACCUUUGUCUCAAGGAGUGAGCCUGAAUGACUGGCUUCGCUGUGCUUUCAUUACUUCUGAAGGUGGCCUGAAAGACAGGGAGGACAUUGUGACCAUUACCUAUGGCCAGCUUAAGGACCUGGCAGCUCAGCUGCAGCAAGCUCAGUCCGAGCAGCAGGACACCGAGCUGAAGCUUCAGAAGGCCUUGGAGGCUUUGGAGGAGGCCAAUGAGAAGGUUCAGAAGUUGGAAAGGCUGGUGGACGUCCUGAGGAAGAAGGUUGGAGCAGGGACCAUUAGGACCGUGAUCUGAUUGAAAGCUUCAGUCUAAGGAAGCAUUCACAUCUGGUGACCAGGCUGCUUCAUUCAGCACUGUGUAAACACUAAAGCCUUAACUUAGCAAACAGUUGUUAGAAGUGGGACACUCCAGCGACAUUCCAAGCUGAGAUAAAAUCAAAUCAUAAAUGUUUAACUACUUUGCUGCUGAGUUCUGUGAUUUGUUGAAAUGUUUCACUGCAAACAUAUAUUUGUUUUUAAGCAGAUGCAUUGUGGCUCUGUGUACUGUGAAAAAUGAUAUAGAUGCUUAUUUUAACAGUCUGUUCCAUCAGUGUUACUAGACUACAGUCUGCUGCAAGCAAGGCACUGCUUGACCGUGCAUUCAAAUACCACCAGCUUCAGGUGCAAAAUCCUGGAAAACAGCUUCAAAAUUUGAAUCCCUUUUGUUAUUCAUGAAACUGCAAACAGUCUGGUAUUUGUAUAUUAAAUACAGUAAUUGAUAAAGUAAGUUUACGUUCAAGAAAUAGUUCUGUCCGCUGUGUUGGAGAUUUUUUUCCUCGUUACUUAUAGCCCAUUGCAGCUAAUAACCAUAGCUACAUCUAAAGGAAAGAUGCACUUAUAGCCUUAUACAACACUUGAAUAACUGCUGGAGUACAUGGUAUUUUCAGCAUACCUUCUAAAGAAGUGUAUAGUUAAGUUUCACUGGAGGAACGACUGCAUAAAUAAUCAUAAAUCACUGAGCGAAAGCCUUGUGACAUUGUGGGAUGGACAGUGGAGAAGGUUUCCUGGUUUGUUUUUGGUUACUCCUUUGUCCUUCCCUAUAGGGUAAAUCCUUCAGAUGUUCAGAAAUCACCUUAGUCAAAACACAUCUAUUUGGUGUAAGGUGAGUGCUGCAGUGCAAGAGUACCAUCCAGAUUGGAUUUGGGGCCAGAACGCCAGCCCUCUGCUUUGCUGACUCCCAAAGUGCCCUGGGAGAGAACUUGAAGGCUGAAGGAUAAAAUCCUACAAAGAAGGAGAAAACAGAGGAAUGGGGAGGAAAAUUGCAGGUACACAGUCAUUGUAGACAUUACCCAAAGAUAUAGGAGAGUUAGCCCUAGAUGUAUGUUUGGGAACCAAAUAUCUCCAUGUAUUCUGCAUAUUUUUAUCACACAACCAAAUGCGAACUGAAGAGUCAGCUCAAGGCAGCUGCCCAACAAAUAUGGCCCCUUGCAGGGAAAUGAGUAGCAUUCCUUCAAGCCAAAUUUAUCCAAGAUCACUUCAGAAACUCCUGAUGAACUCCUUUUUGACCUUUGUUCAAUCCUGAGAUAGCCAGUGAGACUGAAGUCUCUCCACAACAUGUGUUCAGUGGGAUGAAAGUUUCAGGCUUCAGACCAGAAGCCCAUCAACCCAGCACCCAGCCCCUUCCAACUCUAGAGAGUGCUCCCAUUCUGCAUUCAGACAACUCAGUGCUCUUUUUUCCAUUGUCCUCUUUGAACCUUGGAUCACUAAUUGAAAGAAAAGAUCUGACCUGAGCUGUCAGCACUGUUGAGCCAGUUUUGCUUGAGGAAAUGCUACAACCUAAUUUUUCUACUACAAAAAUAUUGACAACCAUUCCCUGUUUGUACCAUCUUUUCAUCUCUUUUGAUUUUACAUAUUUUGCAUCAUUCACUCACCAUGUUCCAGACAGAAGCCUGAGUCUCUCGUGAAGGAGCUGUCUCAUGUUUUCAACUUGCCUUGUCAUGCUAAUCUAUAUCUUCUCUAGUUUUUUGGUAUUUUUACCAAGAUAGAGCAGGAUUUGUGCGUAGUAUUCAAGCUAUGACUUUAACAGACAUCAUACUUAUGUUUUCUGUUUUAUUCUUCAAGCUAUUUGUAAUUGUUUAAGCAUUAGAAUUUCUUUAGGAAAGCUUCUGUCUUUUAAGUUAGUACUUCUAUAAUAAUAAUAAUAACUUUAGAUCUUAUUCUUCAGUUAUAAUAUCCAGUUCAGGAUUCGUCAUGGCAUGUGCAAGAUCAGAACAGAUCAGAACCAUUUUCUGAACAUUCAGCUGCUGUAUUACUAUGCAUUCCCUGACUGAUUACCACUUGUUCCCAUUCCACAGCUCAUCCUUUGGAAUGAUAUUUCCUUAGGAAAUUAUCACUAUUUCCAGAUUAUACCCCUUUUCAAGGCAAUUUCUUAUGGCCUUGAAGUAAGUUGAACAGCAUGGUGUCUGGCUAAGAUCCCUAUAGGGCAGUAAGGUAGUUUACCUUCACUGUGAAAAUGAUACGUUUAUUGUUAGCUGUUGUUUUAAGCUUUUAACUACAUGUUUUUCCAUGUGAAGAUUUUCCAUCUUACUCCUUUGGCAACUGUGUUGAGGGAGCUUGUUUGCUGCUUGGCAAAUGCAAGUUUACUUAAUCACAGCUUGUUUUCCAUGCAUGAAUGUGCUAGUUUCCUCCUCCCCAUGUAUAUCAGAAUUCCUCAC